ACUACAUGUCCUCUGCACUGUCAUCGCUGCGUAUUCUGCGCCAGUCCAAGCCACUAAUCUUAGCGCGUCGAUUCCACGACUGUCCAGUCAGCGAUGUACAGCCUUUCCGACUCUUGCUACUUGGUAGUCCUGGAUCUGGAAAGGGUACUCAGUCAGAACGCUUGAUGAAGCAAUUCACAGCAUCCCACAUAUCGAGUGGAGACCUUUUGCGCCGGGACAUUGUCCAACAAACACCAACAGGUCGCAAGGCUGCUGAGUACGUGACUAGUGGGAAACUUGUGCCUGAUGAAUUGAUCUUGGCUCUAAUUGAUGCUGAACUAUCCAACAUUGCCAAUCCUAAUUGGCUUUUAGAUGGAUUUCCCCGCACUUUGGGCCAGGCUCAGGCACUAGACUUAAUGCUCCAGAAGCGUACAGAAUCGUUGAACCUUGUGAUCAACCUUGAAGUACCAGAAGAGGUUAUCUUGGAGCGUAUUAUGGAUCGCUGGGUUCACAUUCCUUCUGGGCGCGUCUACAAUCUAUCUUACAACCCUCCACGCGUUCCUGGUCUUGAUGAUGUUACUGGAGAGGCUUUGUCCAAGAGACCUGAUGACUGCCCCGAUGUGUUCCGGGUGAGAAUGCAACAACACAAGGCCAUGACAAUGCCUCUACUUGAACACUACAGUCCUAUUGUAGCUACCUUGAGAGGAAACACAAGCGAUGAGAUCUACCCGCAGAUCGAGCGUGAGAUUGUCAACCGACUGGGCGUCUUGCCUAAUCGUCUUGUGACACCUCCUGUAUCUGUUUCCAAAGUUGUUUCUACGCUGCAACAACAGAGACGCACGCAGGGAGGUAUACUAAACAACGAAACCGAGGCUGUUUCUGUAGGUGCAGCUCAGUAAAAUUGAAACAACAGCAACAACAAAAGCCUCCACGAUAUAUCUUUCCAAAACACAUCCUUUAUUUUCACUUUUAUUUCUUAUUUCUUUUCUCAUUUGUUUUUUGCACAAUUUAGUGUACAAAUGAGAUGUACAUUCUUUUCCUUUAUGUAUCCAACCUACCUCUUAUUUAAUAUUUGAAAUUGGGAAGCACAAUUAUCCACUUUCCCUUUCUUUCGUUCACAUACUCUUUUCUCUCUCUCUCUCUCUCUCUCUUUCACACACCCAAUCCCUCGAUUACUUCCCCUUUCGCUCUACAACCGGCAUGAACAGAAACAUCAUUUGUAUCAGAUGCCUUUUCCCCGUCUUUUUUCAUUAUUAUUUUUAUUUGCUUUGUUCUGUUUGAAAACGAAUGCC